UGCGGAGGAAAUUGAAACCCUCCGCAAACGUUUGGCCGAACUUGAAAUGCGACAGAAGUCACAAGAAGAUUCGCCCCGACAUGUCGCGACGUCGGGAAAUGUUGUUGUUGAGGCAGAUUCUCCGUUAGCCCCCGAGCUUACUGCGGAGCCACUCCCUGUCAAAGUAAAGAUUCCGCAAAUCGGUAUGUAUGAUGGGACGUCGGAUCCAGACGCUCAUUUAGGUCAUUACACAUCUUGGAUGGAUUUACAUGGAGCUUCAGAUGCUCUGAGGUGUCGAAUGUUCUCACUUACACUGGGGCCACGAGCCCAGAAAUGGUAUUACACUCUUCCACCUCAUUCGAUAUGGAAAUGGCAGCAACUACGUGCGGCUUUCCGGUCACACUUUAUUGGUGCUCAGAUUUGCCUCAUUCCGAAAGAAUCGAUUACGAAUAUCGUGCAAAAAGACGAUGAGACCGUUAAAGACUAUGUAGCCCGAUUUAAUGACCGGAUUCAGAAUAUGGAGCCAUGUCAUCCUGAAACUUUGUUAGUAACUGCCAUUGCUGGAUUGAGGCCCAAUUCAAU